GCGAUCGACGGAGAUGGACGUGACGUUCGCGACGCCGGGGGGACGGGAGUUCACCGUCGAGGUGUGGUACUUCGCGACGGUGCGGGAGAUGAAGGAGGCGGUCCACGCGCGCGAGGGCAUCCCCGUGGCGUCGCAGCGGCUCUUCCUCGCCGGGCGGGAGGGGAAGGCGGCGGAGGAGGACGACCAGCAGGAGCUCGACGACGCGCGCGACACCGCGCACUACGGCAUCGUCGAGGGCUCCCGCGUCGUCCUCGUCCUCCCCGACGACGCGCCGCCACCCUCUCCCUCGCCCUCGCCCUCGCCCUCGCCGUCCCCCGCCAACGCCAACGCCGCCGUUGUCCGCGUCGCCGUCUCGGCCCCCGAGAUCAUCGGGCCGCGCGGCAUCGCGCUCGACGAGGUCCCCGCCUCCGACACCGUGGCGCGCCUCAAGGAGCUCCUCCAGGACCGCACCGACGGCGCGCUGCCCGCCGCGAGGACAGCGCUCUUCCUCGACAAGGCGGAGAUGGAGGACGGCAAGACGCUGGCGGACUACGGCCCUCCGGCCGACGGCGGCAUGGACGUGAGCGCCGUCGUGCGCCCGCAGGCCCCCGUGGCGUCGGGUGGCGGCGGCGGCGGAAAUGGCGGCGGGGCCAGGAACCAGCAGAGGAUCGAGGUGAGCGUCAAGUUUGGAGAGACGGCGGUGGCGCUGGAGGUGGGCGCCAUGGACGUGGUCCGGGACCUGCGCAAGGAGGUGGAGAGGCUGUGUCUCCCCGUGCGCGACGUCGGCGGCGGCGGAUACUUCUUCGUGUACAAGCAGAACGUUAUGGAUGACGACCGUACCCUGCGGUGGCACGAGGUGAAGAACGGCGACACCAUCGAGAUCUUCAAUGGCACCGUCACCGGCGGCGCCUGAUCGCCCCCAUCAGAUCAGGGGUUUAACGAAGGGUUUAUGCCUUUAUUAGGGUUUGUUUCAUCUCCAAUCCUGCAUUGACAUUUCAGAGCUUCAUCGUUUUAGGGUGGCCUGUCCAACAGUGAUCGAACAAUGCUAUGCUGUAGUAGGAAUUUUUCUUCUAUAAAUUCAAAUGGUAUGGAAUGCAAAUGUAGGAAUGUUCACAAUGCCAGGAUUUAGUCAGAUACAAUUCAAGAGAUUUUGUAGGUUCAUUAAUCAAGGCUUGGCAUAAGAACUCGAGAAGUUUCCAACAGUUAAAGGUCCAAAUCACGAAAUUGCAUUUCAAUUAU